CAGUCUCUGGGGUCGUAGACGCGGCGGCCCGGCCGGGCGGGAUAACAGAUGCGGGUGAAAGAGCCAGCUAAAGCUUUUCCUGAGAAAGCCAGAAGAAGUAAAAGGCCUCCAACACCUCAUGAUGAAGAUUCUUCAGACGAUAUUGCUGUAGGUUUAACUUGUCAGCAUGUAAGUCAUGCUGUCAGCGCGAAUCAUGUGAAGAGAGCAAUUGCCGAGAGUCUGUGGUCAGUUUGUUCAGAAUGUUUAAAAGAAAGAAGAUUCCAUGAGGCACAGCCAGUGCUUCCUUCUGAUGUUUCAUUGUGCCUCAAGUGUGGUUUUCAGGGAUGUGGUAAAAACUCAGAAAACCAGCAUUCAUUGAAGCACUUUGAGAGUUCCAGAACCCACUGUAUUAUAAUUAACCUGAGCACAUGGAUUAUCUGGUGUUAUGAGUGUGAUGAAAAAUUAUCAACACAUCGUAAUAAGAAGGUUUUGGCUCAAAUAGUUGAUUUUCUCCAGAAACACGUUUCUAAAACACAAACAAGUGCCUUUUCUAGAAUCAUAAAACUUUGUGAAGAAAAAUGUGAAGCAGGUGAAAUAAAGAAGGGAAGAAAGGGCAGCAAUGUACCAUCUGUAAAAGGAAUUAUGAAUUUAGGAAAUACUUGCUUUUUUAAUGCAGUCCUGCAGAACUUGGCACAUACUUACAUUCUUACUGAACUUAUGAAUGAUAUCAAAGAAAAUGGUACAAAACUCAAGAUUUUUCCUUCGUCAGACUAUCAGCUGGACCCACUAGUGGUGGAACUCUCAAGCCCUGGACCGCUGACCUCAGCCUUGUUCCUGUUUCUUCACAACAUGAAGGAGACUGAAAAAGGACCACUUUCUCCUAAAGUGCUUUUUAAUCAGCUCUGUCAGAAGGCACCUCGAUUUAAAGGUUUCCAACAACAAGACAGUCAGGAGCUUCUUCAUUAUCUGCUGGAUUCAGUGAGGACAGAAGAAACAAAGAGAAUACAAGCUAGCAUUCUGAAAGCAUUUAACAACCCAACUACUAAAACUGCUGAUGAUGAAACUAGAAAAAAAGUCAAAGCAUAUGGAAAAGAAGGUGUGAAAAUGAACUUCAUAGAUCGGAUCUUUAUUGGUGAAUUAACUAGCACAGUCAUGUGUGAAGAAUGUGCAAAUAUCUCCACAGUGAAUGAUCCUUUUGUUGAUAUUUCACUUCCUAUAAGAGAAGAAAGGGUUUCAAAACCUGUACUUUUGGGAAGAAUGAAUAAAUAUAGAAUCUUACAGAAGACAGAUCAUGAUCAAAGCAGUAGCACUGUUACUAUAGAAAAUACUCAUCAACCCAGAGCCUCCAUGAAGCAUGCUUCAUCUAAAGAGAAGAAUCAACAAAUUCAUGAUAGAAAACGUGUAAGAAAAUUUUCAUCUGGAGAAGAGAAAACUGUUGUCAUAUACCGGAAAAGUGAAAACCUUGAGAUAAGUGGGGAUUCUUCAGUGUUUGCAAAUACCGUGAAUACUGAGUCACUUCUGAAUGAAAGCCCUACCGAUGGCAGUGAAAAGGAAGCCAGCCACUCUGAAAGUAGUGUUGAUGCUGACAGCGAGGCUUCCGAAUCUGAAAGUGCUUUACAGCAGACGGUGUUGUCUAGAUCCCCUAGCAGAUCCUGUGUGCACCCAGAUUCUCAGCUUCCCCUCCCAUCAGCAAGUGAACUGCUGCACAGCAAGGAGACGGACAGUGAUGAUGGAAUGGCUGAAGCUAUUUCUGAACUUCAUUUGAGCAGUACUGUAACUGUAGAGAGGGAUUUUCACAAAGAAAAUCAGCCACUAAAUGUUCCAAAUAAUUUAUGUUUUUCAGAGGAGAAACAUAUGAGGUCCCACAGUCCCCAAAAUGCUUUUCAGACCCUUUCUCAGAGCUAUGUAACUACUUCUAAAGAGUGUUCAAUUCAGUCCUGUCUCUAUCAGUUUACAUCUAUGGAAUUACUAAUGGGGAAUAAUAAGCUUCUAUGUGAGAACUGUACUGAAAAGAAACAAAAGUACCAAAAGGAAACCAGUUCUGCAGAAAAGAAAGCAGAAGGGAUUUAUACUAAUGCUAGAAAGCAAUUGCUCAUUUCUGCUGUUCCAGCUAUCCUAAUUCUUCAUCUUAAAAGAUUCCAUCAGGCUGGCUUGAGUCUUCGUAAAGUAAACAGACAUGUAGAUUUCCCACUUAUUCUUGAUUUAGCACCAUUCUGUUCUGCUACAUGUAAGAAUGUAAGCUUGGGGAGUGAAGUUCUUUAUGGUCUUUAUGGCAUAGUGGAACAUAGCGGCUCGAUGAGAGGUGGUCACUACACCGCUUAUGUGAAAGUGAGAACAGUCUCCAAAAAAUUAUUGGAGCAUAUCACUGGAAAGAAAAAUGUACCAGGUUUGAAAGAAGCCGAUAGUGAAUCAGCAGGCCAAUGGGUCCAUGUCAGUGACACUUACGUUCAGGUGGUUCCAGAAUCGAGAGCACUUAGUGCACAAGCUUACCUUCUUUUUUAUGAAAGAAUAUUAUAAUCAUUCAUUCAUGGUUCAUGUUAAUGAUGAUGUCAUUUUUAUGUGAAUGCUGCAUUGAUAACCAUAACAUACAAUGUGCCUUUGUAGUCUGCUCUUUUCUGUAGGAGGAAAUAGCACGAUAGCACGUCUUUCAAAUGCUCCUGAAUUUGUCAUCAUUUUGGUGAACCUUUUAAAGUAAAUUAAAUGUACUCAGUACUUUCAAAUUUAUAUUAUAUUCUUAAAUGAAAUAACAUGUUUUUUUUUUAAUAUUUGUCCUGGGGGACAACCCCCUCCCCAAUUUAUUAUAGGAGAGGAAACCCCUUUAUGAUGUAUGAUUUAUUAUGAGAAGCAUGCAGAAAUGAUGCUGGCUCAAUUCAAUCAUUGCUUAAGACAGUGUUUUCUAAGUGUAAUACCACCUUUCUAAUUUCAUAUAGAUAUUUCCUGUGCCAUUAAUUACUUAGUAUUUUAAGUUUUUAGUCUUAUUUUUAACCUUAGCCUUGUUCUGAGCAAUUAUAUUCCAUGUUUUAAAUGCCUGUUAUAUUUUUUCUAAUAAAUAUUAAAAUAAACAUACAUAUAACUAAUAAAGAAUUUUUGUCCAUGUACCACUCUAUUUAAAAUCAUCUCAGGGCUGCCCAGUGGUACAGAAGUACUACUAUCUGGAAAGUGUAACUGUAACACCUAAGUACAUGAAGGAACACCUUGUCAUACAUUUUAUGAUUCAGCCAUAGAAAAAGGAAUCACUGUAAUUUCAGUAUCAUAGGUUCACAAAUAACAUAUUGGUUAGAUUAUUACUUAGAAGUUUAGAGAACUAAAAAUAUUUAAACAUUUUGCAAAUAUACUUUCAGCCUAUCAUAGUGGAGUUAAGGAUAACUUGAAGGUUGUUUGCCAAGGCCAAAAUAUAUUGGGUCAUCAGAAAAAUCAUGGUGUAUUUUUCUAUACAAAAAUGCGUAUAGUUGUAUAGAAAAUAAUAGAACCAAUAAUUAUAGAUAAUUAGAACAUACAUAAUUGGUAAACAGAUGAUAAUCUAUAUGGAACAGAAGAUAUCUUUGAAGUAUAAAUUAUUGAAUUACAUUUGUAGAUAACAAUAUAUUCUUGUACUUAACAGGGACAGAUAGCACAUUUUAUACUUCUCUAUUUCAGUAUUAAACAUGGUUUUGAGAUCACUUUUCUUCAUCUUUAGAAAGCAUUCAUGUGGAAUGAGUUCUUAUUUUAAUGGGGCAUAUGGCUCUCAUUUUCGAUUUUCUUUCAAAGAAAAUAAUAGCAAAAAGAUGGUAGUUUUCACCCUUUAAACUAUAAAUUAUUAAGCUAUUGAAACUUGGCAUGAAAAAUAUUACUGUUACUUAGGCUUAAAUUUCAAAACAAGUUGCCUUUUCAGUGUCAUAUUAUUGAAUCAAAACAUUACUGCAUUGUUCAAGCAUCUAAUCAUUAGUGCAAAUAAAUAGUACCACAGGCAAGAACUCGGGGUGUGCCAGUCCCAGUUCAUUUUCCUCUUGGAAAGGGAUAAAAAUAGUGGCUUUAGAUAUUUUGUGAGAAAAUUUAACCAAGGCUGACUCUUUUAACAUAAGUAUAUAUAAUAUUAUUGUUAUCAGUGCUGCCUUUUGAUAAUGCAUGAAAUGGAUUUGUGUUAAAGAUGGUAAUAGUAUACAAAAUGCAGAGCUUUACAAAGUCAUUGAGCAAAUUCUAUUUUUAAGUUGCUAAAAUUUCAGUAGUAGUAUUUUUCUUGAUUCUAACAAUGAAAUCAUGGAGAAAUACAUCUUUAUAAGUUAAUAUGCAAAGUCAGGAUGUAUACUGUAGAAGAUAGUUUACAGUAUUUUCUGUUUAACUAAUCCAUUGAAGAUUUCAGUAGGACAGCAGUGGAUUUGAAAAAAUAUAUUAGGUAAAAUUUUUAUAUUCAAGUCAGCUAUAUUGGUAAUAGGGAAUAUCAUUCCUUUCUCUCAAAUGAAGUGGAUAUUAGGUCACCUCAUUUUUUCCUAGAAAAAAAUAUUAAGCAUGCACUUUUCAUUGGAUGGUCACCUAUUUCUUGUUUCAAAGAUAGAUAUCUAGACAGACAUCCAUUUCUGCUACAGGUCAGACACUGUGUGGACACUAUUUUAUGAUCUUUUUAAAUGAAAAGAUCUAGGGAACCAGCAGUUAGCGUAAUGGCUAUGUUGCUGGACUCCCACGUAGUCGACCGCGGUUCGCGUCC